UCGCGCAGCAGUGACGUCACACGCAGCAGGCGGUGAGGACGUGCGCGCCCCCACUUCUUCCUCUUUCUCGACUCCAUCUUCGCGGUAGCAGCAGCGGCGUCCGCGGGCUAGUAGCCAACAUGCAGCUCUUUGUCCGCGCCCAGGAACUGCACACCCUCGAGGUGACCGGCCAGGAGACGGUCGCCCAGAUCAAAGCUCAUGUGGCCUCCCUGGAAGGCAUUGCCCCCGAAGAUCAAGUCGUGCUUCUGGCAGGCUCGCCGCUGGAGGAUGAGGCCACCCUAGGCCAGUGUGGCGUAGAGGCCCUGACCACUCUGGAAGUAGCUGGCCGCAUGCUGGGAGGUAAAGUUCAUGGUUCCCUGGCUCGGGCUGGAAAAGUAAGAGGUCAGACUCCCAAGGUGAGUGAUUGGUGUUCGGACUUUGCUUCGUUCUAUCACAGCAAAAGGCGAAUGCAGUACAACCGGCGCUUUGUCAAUGUUGUGCCCACCUUUGGCAAGAAGAAGGGCCCCAAUGCUAAUUCCUAA